AUGAUCUCUCACACGCUGAGGAUGCCAAAGGCAAGACGGAUGGCUUACUCUAUCCGGCGGUACUCAACAGCCAUGGCCAUCACCGAUCCCCUCGUCAAGUACAGGACGCUGGUCUCAACCAAUGUCCUAUCACCAGAUCAAGACCAACACAGACUGGCAAUUCACCUACAGAAGCUCUACGGUCGUCUCAAAGACUACGCCCCCGAAGUGGACUAUCGCGAGCGCCUAAAACAAGUUGCCGAUAUACCAGAAGCCCGCGACCCAGAUGAAGCCGCCGCGACGCUGGCUAUGCCGAGUCACCCCAUUUGGGGCAACCCGCUCUUCAAACACCUCGCCCGCAAGGCCAUGCCAGAUCCAAAGGAGACGAAUCCCAUGGCUUUAGUCCACGUCAUGACCAGUCUGGAGGGCGCCAUCACAAUCAACUCACCUAGAGGCCUCUUCCUAUCCGGUGAGGUGGGUGUGGGAAAGUCAAUGUUGAUCGAUCUCCUAGCACAGGGCCUGCCGACUGAGAGGAAACGUCGGUGGCACUUCAACACCUUCAUGCUAUACACCUUUUCGCAACUGGAAAAGUUCCGCCAGUCCCACGCCGAGCUAGAUGGGAACGAAAAGGAGUACGCCAUGCUGUGGCUGGCCAAGAAGCUCGUAGAAGAGUCUCCCAUUCUGUUUCUCGAUGAGUUUCAGCUGCCUGAUCGCGCAGCAAGCAAGAUCCUCAGCCACUUGUUCAUCGCUUUUUUCCACCUCGGCGGUGUACUCAUCGCUUCAUCUAAUCGCGUGCCCGAGGAGCUGCAAAAAGCCAUUGGCAUCGAGUACACUGUCCCUCCUUCUGACGGGUUCCUCAAAAGUCUUUUUCUUGGCGGAGCUCGCUCUCGGGGAACUCGUCAUAGUCAGAACGACUUUGCCGCCUUUCUCGAAGUGCUAAAGGCUCGCUGUGACUUUUGGCACAUGGAUGGAGCCACGGACUGGAGACGCCGGGAGACCGAAGUGAAAGCCGCUGUUAAUGCCAUAUCCAUCGAGGGAACGGGACUCGCGGCGGAAACUGCAGAUACCCAAGAGGAAACAACCAAGCCAGCAAAGUACUUUUUGACUCCCGAGACCUCGGAAUGGUCAUCAGAGCUAUCAUAUCUCCUCUCCCAAUCCUGGAGCCCGGCAACCCUCACAGUCUAUGGCCGCACAAUCCCCGUCCCGCGUCAACGAGACGGCGUAGCCUAUUGGGACUUUGACGCCCUCGUCGCAACCUUUGGCCCUGCCGACUACGUGACAAUGGCAUCAACCUACCACACCUUCAUCAUCGACAACGUCCCCACCAUGACCACGCUCCACAAGAACGAGGCUAGACGCUUCAUCACCCUCCUCGACGCCCUUUACGAAGCGCGCUGCAAGCUCUUCGUCCGCGCCCAGACCGGCCCCGACGACCUCUUCUUCCCCGACAUCCGCGCCGCCCAAGCAGAAAUGGCUGCCGCCGCAGAGGCGGCAGCAGCAGCGGCGGUAUCCGGGGAGGAAGUCGUCUCAUCGGACGCAAUCUACUCCGAGACCAUUGCCGAAGUCUACCAAGACUCCGCGGCUCCCUUCCGCCCCAACAUCUCUUACUACGACACCGAGGCUCCGACCUCGAAGUACGAUCCGGACCAGGACUCGGAUUUUGGCCGCGCCGGCAACGUCAGCAGCAGCAACACCACGAGCCCCAACUUUAGCAACACGGCCGGCUUCAUCGGCGAGGACGAGCGCUUUGCGUACCGUCGCGCCGCAAGCCGGCUAUGGGAGCUCUGCAGCGCCGCGUGGCACGCCAGGGGCAGCAGCGGCGGUGACCCCUCGGAGUGGUGGACGCCCGUCCCGCGCACCGCGCGGCACUGGGAGGACUCGGCGCCGUCCAAGCCUAAGCGGGAUGAACCGUUGCUGCCGCGGAAGCAGAGCGAUGCCGUCAUGGGACCGGCGAGGCCUGUUGACGAGCCGUUUGGUACAGAUAAGCUCGUCAUUGAGAGGUGGACUGCUCUGGAGGAGGCUGAGCGUCGGCGGGAAAAGUCAGCUUCGUCUUCGUCUUCAUCCUAG